UUGUCCGCCUACAAAUGUCUUCUUCGACUAUAGAAAGUAAAAUACAAGGAUUGGAAGCGCGCCUUAAGGCUGAAAAUAGAUCUCGAGAACGGGAUCCAACAAUAGGAAUAAUGGAACAUCGAAAUAGUCCACGGCAUGCGAGUUCUACCCACCGGCCUAGAGCCCUUUUAGAAAUGUCCUUGGGUACUCCAUCACGUAGCCGUAAACAUAUGAUAUUACCUGUAAAUGAAAUGUCUCCAAGAAAUCGGGAUUCAGCCGAAACAGAUAAAAAAUUACAAGAAAUUAUGAAGCAAAGUGGAAUAUUAACAAUAAAUGGUGUUAAAUAUCAAACAGAUAUUUCUGAUAUGGAACAUUUAGGAGAACUUGGGAAUGGGACCUGUGGUCAUGUUGUUAAAAUGUUACAUAAACCUAGUGGAGAAGUAAUUGCUGUUAAACAAAUGCGCAGAACUGGAAAUAGCGAAGAAAAUAAAAGAAUCGUAAUGGAUAUAGAUGUUGUGUACAAAUCAUACGACUGUCCAUAUAUUGUACAAUGUUUAGGUUGUUUUAUUAUGGAAUCAGAAGUGUGGAUUUGUAUGGAGCUUAUGGCCACAUGUUUUGAUAAAUUAUUGAAAAGACUGAAAACUCCAAUGCCCGAAGAGAUAUUGGGAAAAGUAACUGUUGCUACUGUCAAAGCGUUAUCGUACCUGAAAGAAAAACAUGACUUGAUACAUCGUGAUGUAAAACCAUCAAACAUUUUAUUAGGUGAAAAAGGCAAUGUGAAAUUAUGUGAUUUUGGUAUAAGUGGUCGUUUAGUUGAUUCCAAAGCCAGAACUAAGAGUGCUGGGUGUGCUGCAUACAUGGCGCCGGAAAGAAUAGAUCCACCAGAUCCAACUAAACCUGAUUAUGAUAUUCGAGCUGAUGUUUGGUCGUUAGGAAUUACAUUAGUAGAGCUAGCACUCGGAGCAUUUCCAUAUCAAGAUUGUAAAACUGAAUUUGAAGUGGUAUGUAGAAUAUUGCAUGAAAAUCCACCUGCAUUACCUAAUGACAAGGGAUUUAGUGAAGAUUUUAGAUCUUUUGUUGCUUGCUGUCUCACAAAAAAUUAUCAAAAAAGACCAAAAUAUCCAAAGUUAUUAGAGCAUCCCUUUUUUAAGAAGUAUGAAAUUGCAAAUGUGGCUGUAGAUGAAUGGUUUGCUAAAGUUAUUAUGGAGGAAAGUGAUACACAAAAAACAAACACUCCACCGGCUGGGGCUGCCAGGAGAUUAUUAUCUGUAUUUCUUAGAUUGACAAGUCCUCCUAGUCCGUCAACAUCACGUCGUAACAUCAAUUCAACACAUUCACGCACAUUAUCAGAUACAUUAAAAAGUCUACCAAUAAAUGGAACCACAACAGUAACAUCAGCAGCAAAUGGUCUUACAAACGGUGCAACAACUACACAAUCGAACAGCACAUUCCUUAAAUCACCACCAAUUGAUAAAAUUCCUGCAGCAUUACCUCCACCACAUCAUGGACGAACAACAAAUGCUUUACCAAUGUCUUCAAAUCAUCAAAAUCAUCAUGGGCAUUUUGGUGUUAUACAAAGAUCUCCACCGGAUCGAAUGCCAUCGCCUCGGAUAAAUAAUUCACCUCCCGAUAAGCAUACAUACUUAGAACGUAGUCGUUUUGGAAAUAAUUCAUCACCACCAGAAACAAAUACAUUAUUAAGUGGGAGAUUUUCACCAUUCCAUCAAAGACGUACAAUCGAGCAAGAUAGAAGUAGUCAAUCGCCACCAAAUUUUCAUGAUUCUGGUGGUAGAUUUUCACCAUUUAGUCAACGUAGAAUAACUGAUUCAAAUUUACCACCACCGAUAAAUACAGCACAAGAUGGACGUUAUUCACCGUUCCAGCAACGCCGGUAUGCAGAAGGAACUGGUAGUAAUGGUUUAUCAUCAUCACCGUAUCAACAACGUAGAAAUAUUAGUGGUGAUGGUUUUUGGCAAACACCAAUAGCAUCGCCGAUACCAACACGUAAACGUUAUCAAAAUAUUCCAACGAUAGAACCACAAACCCAACAUUAUAAUAUAGGAAAUACUAGUCCAAUUGUGUUACAAAGAUUUUAUCACCAACAAAGUCAGCUGCAAAAAGAACAAAAUAAUCGUGACUAUCAUACGCAUUUUUAUAAUAAUUAUGGAAUAGGUCAAUCGGAUAAUGACUCUGUGAGUAAGGAUGAACCAGGUAAACGAAGAUUUGCGUCAUAUAUCAAAUUGCAAUUAAGUGGUGAUAGAAGGCGAAAUCAAAGUCCAGAUCCUCCCCCGCGGCUCAGUCGUGGACAGAGUGCAGGUGGAGAUUCUAGCCAGAGUCCCUUGGCCAUGCGAAGAGCUUUAUUAGAUUCAGCUUGCCCAGGUUCACCAAGUUUAUCACGAAGGUAUAUUUCACCAUCACCACCGCAACCGCCACCAAGACGUUUAACAGAAAGUAGUUCAGUACCUGGGUCACCUCAACAUGUUCGCGCUCGAUUUCAUUAUACACCAGAACCACAACGUCGACUGUUUCGUAAUAAUGAUUAAUGAAAUUAAUUUUAUAAACCCUUUAUUUAUUAUUUUGUUUUUAUUUUUUUAAUUGUUUUUACAUAAUAAUUAUUUAUUAUAUUUAAAAAAGAAAAUGCGAUUUUCAAAAGUGAUUCAGUUGGUGAAGUUUUUGUAUCUGUUCUUUAAUAUAACACUUCAAAACGUGGUUUCAUACUCAUUAUUUCAAAGUUUUUAUGUUUUUCAACCAAUUUUAAUAAAAUUCGCUUGGAAUAGCACCUUAGAUAGGAACAAGUAAGUGCAAUAGCCAAGAAAAAAGCUUAAGCACGAUUAAACAGCACUAUGACAAAAAAAAA